AUGACCGGAAACGAAGAAGGAAUAGAAAAGAAGCAAGAGUCAGACAGAGAUGAAGAGAUUGAAAGGGACGAAGAGACCAAUAGAGAGGAAGAAAUCGAAAGGGAUGAAGAGACCAAUAGAGAGGAAGAGACCGAUAGGAUGGAAGAGGCUGAGAGGGAAGAAGGGACCGUGAGGGAGAAAGAGCCCGAGAUGGAGGAAGAGACUGAAAGGGAGGAAAGGACCGAGAGGGAGGAAGACCCCGAGAGGGAGGAAGAGACCGAAAGGGCAGAAGAAUUUGAGAGGGAAGAUGAGGUCAGAGGGAAGAAG